GAUAUUUGUAUGUACAUACUUCGUGCCUUUAGGUUGCUAGGCAACCUACGAGUACACAAAUAUGAAAGCAUGACGAAUACUUAUUUGACAUGAACGCAUAACCGAUUGUUUCGUAGAUUUUAUUUAAAAAUUGAUAAUGUUACUUAAGUAUUUAGGACCGUUACUUUCUCCGCAUGAAGGAGAGAAUCGAAUAAUUUCGGCGGUAUGGUCACCAAAUAAUUUAAAACUUGCAGUGGCCCUGUCGGAUCGAUCCGUUUAUCUUUUCGACGAAAAGGGGGUGAAGAAGGAUCGCUUCUCCACAAAGCCAAUCGAUGCAAAGUAUGGGAAAAAGAGUUACAUCGUUAAAGGCAUUGCCUUCUCUCCAGAUUCCACCAAGAUCGCGGUGGGUCAGACGGAUAACAUAGUCUACGUGUACAAGAUCGGCGAGGAAUGGGGUGAGAAAAAAGUGAUUUGUAACAAAUUUGGCCAAAGUUCCGCGGUGACUUGUUUGGCCUGGCCGCUAGAAGGGCCGAUAGUCGUCGGUUUAGCCGAUGGAAAGGUACGAGCUGCUUUAGUGAAAGCAAAUAAGGCACAGACCUUGUAUGCUGCCGACACCAUGACCAUUGCCUUGGCAGUUAAUGUCAAAGGGACUGGUUUCCUGUCGAGCCAUGCCGAUGGAAGUAUCAUAAGGUAUUACGUGACCGAUGACGGUAACGGCGAACCAUCCGGCAGAGUGGUAACCCACGGAGUACCAGCUUAUGCGCUGGCAUGGCUUCAGAGUCACAUCUUGGCGUCCGGCUGCGACAAGAAGAUAACAUUUUAUGAUUCUCGGGGUAAAGUGUCCAAGACAUUCGACUACGGUCGCGAACCGAACGAACGAGAGAUGACAACGGCAUGCUGUAGUCCCAGUGGUCAGAGCGUAGCAGUUGGAUCCUGGGACAAGGUCCGAAUCCUGGACUGGAGCCCUCGAAGAUCCGUCUGGGAAGAGUCGAACACUCGAUUGCUCCCGAACCUGUAUACCGUAACUACCAUGGCUUGGCGAAGGGAUGGCUCCAGGUUAGUCAUCGGAGGUCUCUGCGGAGCAGCGGAACAGUUCGAGACGGUCUUGCGAAGAGCAGUGGUGCGUGGAAGCCAUGAGGUAGCUUACGUGGGCCCUAGCCAAGUUGUAAUUCGCUCCCUAAAUGGUACGAGUCGUCCCGUAGUGAUCAGAUCCCAAACCGGAAGCGAAAUCGAAGACGUUCGAGUCCUAGGACGCAGAGACAAUCACGUAGUAGCCAGGACGACGAGUACUCUAUUAAUCAGCGACUUGGAGCUGAAUCUGCUGAGUGAAAUUCCCUGGGAAGAUAAGGGCGGCGGAGAAAAGUUCUUCUUCGAAUAUCCCGGGGUGUGUUUGAUCUUCCGAGCCGGUGAGCUGGCUAUCGUCGAGUAUGGAAAAAACGAGAUCCUGGGAUCCGUCAGAACGGAGGCGAUGAAUCCACACGUGGUUAGCGUCAGGAUAAACGAGAGACACGUCGCGGGCUCCCCGGAAAACAAGAGGUUAGCCUACCUCCUGGACCCUCGUACCGUCAGGAUCGUCGAUUUCGUCACCGGGGCGACAGUCAGCAUCGUUAGUCACGACGUCAGGGUUGACUGGAUCGAGCUCAGCGAGACCGGUCAUCGUCUUCUGUCUCGAGACAAAAGAGGCAGACUCUGGCUGAGCGACGACCAAGGAAAUCGUAGCCUCUUGCUAACGGGAACGAGUUUUGCAUCCUGGGUGCCAGGAAGCGACGUGGCAGUUGCUCAGACUGGCCAGACUCUGGCGGUCUGGUACAACGUAGAUGCUCCAGAGGCAGCUACUCUUAUAGGAAUCCGAGGAGAUGCCAUGGAUGUUAUCAGAGAGAGCAACCGAACGUCGGUCACCGUAGAGGAGCCUGGAGGACGAGUGUCCUACGUCCUGGAUGAGAGUUUAAUAGAGUUUGGUACGGCACUCCACGACAACGACUUUGGUAGAGUAGUGCUCUUCCUCGAAGAACUCGGGGACCGUCCCGAGGCCGAAGCCAUGUGGGAGAACGUGGCAAGAAACGCAAUGGCUGGGAGACAGCUCCUCGUAGCCGCCAGAUGUUACGCAGCCCUUGGUGACGUGGCCUGCUCCGACUUCCUCAGGAACAUCAUGGAGAUCGGACAGAGAUAUGCGGAGGAAACUGGAAAUGACCCACUGGCAAGUCCAGACUGCUGGGCGAGGAUGGCAAUCCUGAACGGUGAGCUGAAGACCGCAGAGGCCAUCUACCUGGAGCAGAAUGAGCUCGACAAAGCCCUGGAAAUGUACCAAAGAUAUUGGCAUUGGGAGGAUGCCUUGACUCUGGCACAGAGCAGAGGCUGGUCAGGUCUUUCAGAUCUGCGAGACCGACACUUGUCCUGGUUGCUGGAAAGUGGUCAAGGAGCUCGAGCAGCAGCGAUCCUGGAGCCAGAAAAUCCACAAAGGGCAGUAAAACUAUAUCUAGAAGCUCGUCGCCCGGGAAGAGCGGCAAGACUCGUCCUGGCGAUCGAGGACCUCCUAGAAGACGAGGCUAUGGUCAGCCAGGUGGUGAAGACCCUGAAGAGCGCCGACCUGAUGGAGCUGGCUGGCGAGAUCCUGGAGAAGACCUCGGACUCCACAGGAGCGAUAAAGUGCUACGCCCAAGCCGGAGUCUUCGCCAGGGCGCUGGAAUUGGCUCGAAAACUGGAUCCCAAUUCCGUGGUUGGUCUGGAAAGAGACUGGGGUCAUCAUCUAGCCUCCAGUGGGCAUUACGACGCGGCCAUCAACCACUUCAUAGAGGCUGGGGAGACCGCCCUGGCCUUGAACGCCGCCAUCAACGCCAGACAAUGGAGGAAAGCCCUGCAGAUCGUUCAGGUGAUCGAGAGCGACGAUCCAGAGACUAGGGAACAAUGCGAGAAACUAGGAGAGUAUUUCGCAUCGGUUGGAGACAAAGAACUUGCGGUGAAUCUGUUCAUCAGGGCUCAUCGAGCCCAUCGAGCCGUGGAGACCCACGUCCAGGCUAGAAACUGGUCCCGGGCGUAUCAAGUAGCGACGGAGUACAUGUCCCCUGAAGAAGCCACGACCGUCUUGGUUAAACACGCCGAGGUUUUAGAAUCUUCCGGCGACCUGCGACAAGCCGAAGCUCUGUACUUGUCGGUGAAACAAUACGACUCGGCCAUAUCGAUGUACCGCAAGGCCGGCAAUCGCGGCGAGAUGAUCAGACUCGUGGCGAAGUAUAGGCCAGAACAUCUAGAGACGACGCACGCCCACCUGGCGAAGGAGCUCGAGGCUGCCCACAAGGCCAGAGAAGCCGAAGAGCACUUCCUGGGAGCCGGGGACUGGCGAGGAGCGAUUACGGCCUACAAAAACGAGAACAUGUGGGAAGAUGCUUUGAGAGUCGCUAAGGAGGCUUCCGGCGACAAGGCUGCCCAGCAGGUCGCCCUGAUGUGGGCGAAGACCCUGGCUCCUGAAUUGGGUGCUAGACUGCUGAUGAGGCUGAAUUACCUGGAGCCUUGUCUUCGACUUGCCUGCGAGGCGAACCUCUUCUCCUGGGCACUGGAGAUAGGGAAGUACUGCGCGAGCGACCUGAAGAAGGAGGUCCAUUAUCGUCACGCCAUGUACCUGGAAGACCAGGGGCAUUUUUCCGAGGCUGAGAAGGAGUUCGUCCUGGCCAAUAAAGCCAUAGAAGCGGUGCAGAUGUAUAUUCACACCAGAGAGUGGGACAGUGCCGAAGAGGUGGCCCACGCGCAUUGUCCCGAGGCUCUUCCUCAGGUUUUGGUCGCGAAGGCUGCCGAAGCAGUGGAGUCUCAGGACUACGCCCUGGCGGAGUCCCUGCUCCUCAGGGCUCACAAGCCGGAGAUCAUCGUGGACCACUACAAGAAAGCCGGCAUGUGGUCCGAAGCGAUGAGGGUGUGCAGAGAGUACCUGCCGAGUCAGGAGGCGGCCCUGAGGAGAGAGCUGGGCCAGCGCAGUCUGGGUAUGGACGCAGGAAGCAACCUCGAAGAGGCGCGUCGAUGGUUGGAGGUAGGGGAGAUUCGAGCAGCUCUCGACAUCUUGAUCCUGGACCCCCAAGCUCCCAGGACGUCGUUGAUCAAAGCAGCCGAUAUCGUUCUUCACGAAGCCGACCCUGAGACCGCGGUCCAGGUGGGAGGUGACCUUGCAGCGAGACUGCUGACCAUCGGAGAACACGCUCUGGCUGCUCAGGUGUUCCUGCAAGCGGACAGGCUGAAGGACGCCAUCACCGCUCUAGCUCUGGUGGGCGACUGGGGAAGGGCUCGUCGAAUCGUCCAGGAACUAGCUCCAGACCUAGAGCCUUACCUCGACGAGAAGUACAAAGAAGCGAUGAUAAGAGACGACCAGGUCGACAGACUCGUGGAAGUAGACGCCAACGCGGCCUUGGAGCUCCUGGUCAGGAAAGGUCAGUGGUCCCAGGUCUUCGAGGCAGCUUCCAGCCAGGGCGAAGAGUUCCUCCACAAGUACGUCGCCCAAAGGGCAGCCCAACUCCUCAAGUCCGGGAUGCACUCCCAGGCCCUGCAACUAUUCGCCCAGUACGGUGCACCCUGCAUCCCACAGAACUAUAAUCUCUACUAUCACCUAUCGGAGAGCAUUCUCAACUCACCGGAAACCAAAGAGGACUACAAGCACCUAGGAGAACUGCGAGGGACUCUUCGGGGUCUCUGCAGGAGUCUUGAUGCCUCGUCGGAGACAGGGGAGAGGUUCGAAAGACUUUUGAAGGCCACCCAUUACUCUGCUCUCAGGUCUGCCUGUCGACCUUUUGCCUCUCUCUCGGGGUUGAUCCUGAAGAGCUCGAUUACCUUGCUGAGGUACUCCGACAUACUUCUAGCUGAUCGAUGCUACUUCGAGGCCGGAGUGGAGGCCAGAUCGGCAGGACUCAACAGCGAAGCUUUUGUCUUCUUCAAUCAUUUUUUGGACCUCGAAGAGUGCAUCGAAGAGGGUGAUGGAAGUAUCCUGGACGUGGACGACCUCAGGGUCACGGAUUUCCCUUUGGAGGUUCCUUUACCUGCAGAUCUGAGUUUGACGAAGGAGCAGAGGGAAGAAGCUAGAGAAUGGGUUCUGGCUGUGUCAAUGGACCAGAGGGUCGAGCAAGGACUUCCCGUCGACCAGAGAGGCGUUUAUAUAGGAUCCUUGACGAGUCCCUCGAAUUCUGGAGGAGUUUCUCAGGAAUGCGUUCUUACGGGAUAUCCCAUUAGAGCUUCCGUGGUUAGAUUUGAAAACAGCAGUCGCGUUGCCGACAGAGACGACUGGAAUAAACUGGUCAGUACUGCGAGGCAGGCAUCGGUGGACUCCCCGCUGAACGAUGUCCUGGUCUUCGUCCAGGAAUGGGUCGGCACUGUACCUAGUUACACGUUUUAAAUUACUUUUUAUGACUAUCUGAACACCCUGACUAGGUCACCGAACACUUUUGAAGGAACCCACGACAUAACCUCUCUCCACCCUUACGAAUGAUUCUGUAUUCGAGCCUGAAUAUACAUAAAAUAUGUAUCUGCAAUCGUAUAAGUUAAUCCUACUCGUCAACGGGAGCCUCGCCAGGGUCGCAAAGGACUCUACGCAACUACUCUGUCCGCCGCUCGUAGAUACACAACUCGCUACUCUCACACGCCUACGCAUUCGCGUCCUAUUUAUAAUAUGUAUAGUAUGUAUAGUAUGUAUAUUAUGUAUAUUAUGUAUAGUAUGUAUAUCUA